UCCCGCGGCUUGUUGUAUCUCAAUGGCUUUAGUCACGGAUAUAAAUACCAGCUCGCCUCGCACCAAGCUGGGUCAUCCGGUGCUUGCUUGCUUUUAAGUUUCCAGCAGUUCAGUAUCUUAAUUUAUUUGGCCAUGGCUAGCGUUGAGGUGGAAGCCGCUCCUGCUGCCCCUGUAGAAACUGAGGCUCCUGCUCCUGCUCCUGCUUCUGCUCCUGAGGAGGUAGUCAAAGCCGAGGUCGCGGCCCCAGUUGCAGAAGAACCAAAAGCAGAAGAGGAGGCAGCACCAUCCAAAGAAGAAGGGGUGGAAACUGAGGAGAAGCCAGCAGAAGAGGAGAAGGGUGAAGAAGUUGCUGCCCCGGAAGCUGUUGCUGCUACAGCCGAGACUACAGAGGAAGUGAAGCCAGAGGCAGAACCGGUAGCAGCACCAGAAGCAGCUCCAGAGGAAGCCAAAGCUCCUGCAGUGGAGGAAGCAACUGAGGCUGAGGCUCCGGCACCAGUUGAAGAGCCUAAGGCAGUGGAAGAGGAGGCAGCAGCUGCCACAGUGGUGGAAACUAAGGCAGAGGAGACUUCUGCUGCCUCAGAGUAAAGAGUACGUCGUUUAUUUAGUUUUGUUGGGAUGGAAGAGAGUUUUAGACGUAGUGUGGAGAGAUACUAAGAGGAGAGAGAGCAUUUAGAAGCAUUUAUAUGAUAAUAAAUGUAAUAUAAGAUUGAUGUAAAACUACAGCGGGCAAAGGGUUCUGGGUUCUGGGCUUUGUGUGCUGUCAGGUAGUGGGAUGUGAAUGUGCUUGGUUUGGUGAUGUAGCGCCUUGGAGUUUGAAAGUUGCUGUUCAAUAAUAAAAAGAAAAUAUUAUCGAAUGCGUUUAAUCGGUA